CUGAAGAUUAUGGUAUAAAAGCAUUCGAUUUGUAACACUCUGAACAUACAGAUACAGCACACACAUCUCCAACACGCUUUAGCUAAAGCACUAAGAAUGAAGUUCAGAGUAGCAGUUCUUCUGCUUCUGUACAAAUGUCUUGUAUUCGCUCCGAACGUCAUAUUCGCAACAGAAGCUGCCGUCUCAGGAUUGACUUGUCCUUUGAAAUGCACAGAUGUACUGAAGCAACUACAAGAUCUGGAAAUCAGACUCACUAAGAGUGAAGCUCAGAUUGAGGAAAUCAAAAAGGAAAAACAAGACAGAGACUUUGUUCCCAAGACCAGGAAAGGCUUCCUACAAUAUUCCCAUCGGCUCACUCUGGAUCUGAACACAGUGAGUGAAAGCCUCCUUCUGUCUGAGGGGAACAGAGUGAUUACUAACACUGACACAGAUCAGUCGUAUCCUGAUCAUCCAGACAGAUUCGAUUGGCCUCAGGUGUUGUGUAGAGAGAGUGUGAGUGAUCGACGCUCUUACUGGGAGAUUGAGUGGAGUGGAGAAUAUGUGUUUAUAUCAGUGUCAUAUAAGAGCAUCAGAAGGAAAGGAACGGGUGAUGAGAGUGGGUUUGGAUAUAAUGAUCAGUCCUGGAGUUUGAUCUGCUAUUCCUCCAGUAGCUCAUUCAUACACAAUAACAUAUGGACUGUUCUCCCUGUAAAGCCCAUCAUCAGUAGAACAGUGAAUGAGGAGAAUCACUAUAGAGUAGGAGUGUAUGUGGAUCACAGUGCAGGAACUCUGUCCUUCUACAGCGUCUCUGGAGACACAAUGAUCCUCAUUCACUCAGUCCAGACCACAUUCACUCAACCGCUCUAUCCUGGGUUUAGGAUUUAUCCUGGAUCAUCAGUGAAACUGAUUUGA